UUGAGAUUCAUAGACAAUCAUGACUUUUGGGAUAAUAAGUCCAAUAUUUUGUGUUUUUGUGUUAUUUCUGUGUACGGCACUGUGUAAUCCACUGGUUUCCCUGUCGCUACUUGAUGAAACGAAAGCUCCGCUUGUAGUCGAUCUAGACAUGUCAAACAUUGAAUCUUACAUCGAUACCAAAAUAGAUGAACUAGAAAACAAAUUAAAUGAAACAUUGUGGAAGAAGGUUAAUACAUUGAUAUCAAAUGACAAAGACUACAACAAGAAAAUUAACGAGUUGGAAAACAAAAUUCAAACUUCAAGAAAACCAAACAUUGUUAAAGAUUGCUUGGACGUAACAAGAGGAUCUAGUGGUGUAUACAGGAUAUAUCCACAGGGAGGGACAGGCUACAAUGUUUACUGUGAUAUGGAAACGGACGGUGGAGGAUGGCUGGUUGUUCAAAAACGCUUUAACGGAGACGUUAAUUUUGGAGACAAACUUUGGGACGAUUACAAAAAUGGAUUCGGUGAUGUUGCACAAGAGCAUUGGCUAGGUAACGAACGUUUACAUCACUUGACCUCUAAUGAUCAAUAUGAACUGCGGGUCGACUUAGUUCAUGAUGAAAUGAAACAUAGAUUUACAGUUUUUGCAAAAUAUAAAGAGUUUUUAGUUGGUAAUGAAGAUUCAAAGUAUGCUUUAACUAUUGGAAACUUCACUGGAAAUAAAGUGCCGGCAAUAAUAACACUGAAUGGUCUUCAAGACCUUUUUGAAAGACAAACAAAGUUUACAACUCCAGACAUGAACAACAUUGAUAACAAUUCUGAAAAUUGUGCUGAAUUUGAAUCCCUCGACGAAGGGAAACGGGGAGGAUGGUGGUUUCUUCCCAAAUGUGAAACUUCAUAUUUGAAUGGUCCAUACCGAAACGGUAUGCUAUGGUCCUAUAUGAAUUUUUACAAUAGACAUACGUGGUUUAUGAGAGAAAGCAGAAUGAUGAUCCGACGCUUGUGAUCAGUAGAUAAUGAAUUGUUUUAAUUUAGCGGAAUAUACUGAAUAUUUUGAGAAUAGUUGCUUGUCAUGUUUUGGAAUUUUUGUUUUAUCCAUCUGAAAGCCUUCGAAACUGUGUCCAUCGACCCCCAUUUAAAAAAUCUUGUAUAUGUAGUAUUAUAAGCCAUCUAUUUUGUUAUACUUUUUGAUAACUUUAACUUGCUUAUGAUAAAGUAAAAGAUCAAAUGACAAAAAUCUCCCGCCAAUUUUUUUCUACCUAUUUUCGUAUAAAACCGUCUGUGACGUAACAUAAUUUAGUGGUAUUACACCUAAAUAAGACAUUACUGUUAAAUUAACUGAAUGUGACUUUAUUCCUUAGUAUUACUUGUAAUUGCAUGCAUUUCCGUCAAGUUUAAUACUAAAUAGUUCAAUAGUUUGAGAAAAAAUCUAGUACAAUAAAAGAUGACAUCAACAGCCAUUCGAGCUAAAUUUCCUCGACAAAUCCAAACCAAGCCCUAAAAGUCUAGAAUAUAGUGUGGAAUAAUAAAUACUCAAAUAUUUAUCUCAUCUGCCUAGAAACAAUGGAAUUAGACACACAUGAUGAUUAUAGGAAGAUAAAUACCACUAAUUGACCACUUUGUCUCCCUAAUAGAGUCUCUUUUGGUUAAUGUAUGCCUUUCAGUUCCUCAAAAUUUCAACUUUUCAGGCCUAUAAAUACAAACAUUGGGGUUAGUUUCAUUCCUUUAUGAUAGAAAUGUUAUAAGAAAUGAGUAAUUGGAGUAUUUUAGCAGAAUGAGCAAUCCGCAUAAAAGUUUACUGUCUCCAAUGAUGUUUCAAUCAAUCCUUGCGUGAAAAAAAAAAUUACCACGCGUUCCAGAGAGGGACAUAAAAUGCUUCUCCUUGUAAUUUGUUGUUACAGCAUCAACUUAUAACUAUAUAUUUAUUGAAUUAUUUCUUAUUAAAAUGUUCUAUUAUCUUUGCAGAAUAUAAGAAAUCAGGAGACCCCCUAAAAACAACACUUAGUAUGGUUAUUCUGUAAACUGAAUAAUCAUGGCAGGGUCUUUAUUGAAGAAAAUUGUUCUCUAAAAUAUGUUUUGGAGACACAAUCAACUCAAAAUAUUUCAUUCUUUGUAAUAGUUCACUGACAUAUCAAAAUUAUACCACAUGAGAUUACUCACAAGGUCAAAGGUGCAUGUACAGCUUUCGAUAUUAGGUGUAAUAUCACCCUUGAUUACCAUUCUAAGUCGUUGUUAAAUUUGCACUUAAAAAUAUGUGCAGAAAUUAUCUUUGUGGCAAAUAAAGCUAUAACUGGCAUGAGUAAAGUUUUAUCCUGUCCUGUUUUAUAGAAAUUGCAUAUAAGAAAUAACCUUCACUUGAAGUUGACCAAUCAAAUGUCUCCCCUCAUUUAAUCUGUGUACAAGGUUUAGUAACCAUGUAUUAAAUUAGUCAGUCAUAGACCAAAAAAAAAACAAAAAAAAAAAAUAGGCAAACAUGGACGAUAAGAGAUUACUCGCAUUUAAUGAAAACUUGUUCAACGUCAAUACAACUUUUCAAAAGAUCAUGUUCUCUUAAAUAUAAGUAUCAACCAUUGCAUCUUCAUUUGAAUUAAGCACGCUAUUCCUACCCUCAACAAUGCUCAAGAUAUAUAAACCCAGUUCCUUGCUAAUCUGAUAUUUCUUUCUGGUUUCACUAAAUAUGAUAAAUCACUGUUUGUAUCAUUUUGUAAUGAAGUUCCAAUCUUCAGAAUGAUUAACCCAGUUGUUCUUUUACAUGACUGUAUGAUAAGAUUUUCAUUCUAA